CGAGCUGUGUUGUUUCCUGAAUAGUAGGUAGUUGUAAAAUGAAAAGUAAUCAUGGACCAUUCAUUACUAGAUUUAGGUUCCGAGUCAGAUUCAGAUGCAGAUUGGGAAACAGAAGUUUUGCUGUACAACCUAUCAAAAAAAAAAGAAAAGAAGUCAUAUUGGAAAAGCAAUUACAUGAAAAAAAGGCAAGGUCAUGGCGAAUUCAAUUUGGCAUAUGAAUUUUCGUACUCAAAGUUCACUAAUUAUUUCCGACUAAAUAAACAUCAGUUUGAUGCAGUACACAAUAUAAUACAAGAGACAAUUUAUUCUGAAGGUUGUAAUGCCCAGACACCCAUUGGAACAAAAGAAAAACUAGCUGUAUUCUUAAGAUAUUUGGCAUCGAGAGACAGCUACAAAAGUAUAGCCUAUAGCUACAGAAUGGGAGAUCGCACGGUUUCCAAUAUCGUUCAUGAAGUAUCAAAAGCUAUUUGGGAAAAUAUGCAACCCGUAUAUUUCCCACAGCCCACAACUGAAAUGUGGCAAAAAUAGCUUUGGAGUUUCAAGACA